GUCACGUCGGCGCGCAACUAUAUGUGGCUCAGGCUGCUCUCUGUCUCUAUGCUGUUCUUAUGUUGGGACGCAGAGGCGCAGGAACUCACACACAAUUUACGGCUUGAAUUUUGUUAAAACGAUUUUGUGAAUCCACCUGGAUGGUGAAGACAAAGCAGCGUGUUGUGGAAUUACUCCAGCAAGUGAAUUAAAACGUCUUAUUUCCGAUUUUUGUGUCCAGUGUGCCUGAAGGGCUAGGACUGGGAGAGAAACGCCACUCUGCAUCGGAGGGUGGAGCCUAAUGCCUCAGAAAUGUGAAACUAUCAGUUACUGUUGUCCCACCCCUUACAGGGAACCAAGGAAACAAACCUCCCAUCCACAGAAAGUCUGGAGGUUUUCAGCCAUGCACCUAAAGCCAUACCCUAAACCACAGGAUAAAGAACUUCACCAGGACCGGGGACAGGAUGGCACAGGAAAUCUGGUGGGUCAGCGGGGACUACUCAGAACUGAGUGGGGUGAUCGCCAAGCAUGCAGUCUUGUGGGUUCGCCUGGCAACGGCACAGUCAACCGGUGCCCCCUCAGUGUCCUCUCCAAUAAUACUCUCCGUUGUAUCACCAACAAAAGCUGUAUCACAUCCACAAGAGCAAUUGAGGGUUUCUCCCCAUCAUGGGGCCACAAUAGCAAGACAUCUUCCUCUGUCACUACAUUCACUAGUUCAUUAGUGCUACUCUCCUCCUCCACUGGCACAGAGAAUGAAGACUCCCUAGGAAUAUACCAAGGAGAGGAUGGAGAGGGAUCAUUAGACAUAUGGGCAGUCAUUAAGCCUGGGAACACCAAAGAAAAGAUUGCAAUAUUUACUGCCCAGAAAUGCAGUCACAUUGCAACAGGUGGCAAUGACGAAGCUUCCGAUAAAUUGGAAAUCACAACAGAUUUCCGAACAAUAUCAAUGAAAAACAAGGGUUGUUGGGAUGGUGACUGGUCUAUGGCCAAGCGAAGAAAGCGGUCUGGAAAUCUGGACAAGUCUAUAGGUGUUACUCCUCCUGCACAAAAGUCUGAAUUCUGUACAGCACUCUUGAACGGCAACAAAAACUCAAAUGCUUCCUCUGGUAUGGCUGAGGAGAUUGUGAAGACAGAUGGAGACGAUGGUGGGAAAAUGAUCUCUGUGGUUGAAAUGGUGGCAUACUUGGAACAGAGGGCUAGCGAUCAACAUGUAGGCCUGAAACGUCCAUCAUUGCGAAGCUCCAGCACAAUUACUCUUUCCAAAGGUCUGGCACUGCUUCCUCAAGCUGAACAGGCAUCAAAAGGCCCACAGCUGCCAGAGGUCAAUGAGGAAGAGGAAUCUGUGCGAGUGCUGGACAUGGUUGCCAAGUUGGAAUCUCAGUGCCUCAGCAGACAAGGUGUGAGAGAGGGAGGAGACCUCUCACGCAACAACAGUUUGCGGAGGAGAGUGGGGCGUGUUUUGCUAACAGGAUCUGAACCAUACUCUGCAGUCUUGCCUAGCCAGGUGGCAUUGCCUAGCCUUCCUCAGGACAAGAAAGCUGACAGUGACACGGAACAAGUUGGUAGUGAUGUAGAUAAACAUAAAGCCCCACCAGAAGCUCAUGUGCCUGUACAAUCAGAGCAUUUUGCUCUCAGAGAUAGGAGUGUAACUGAACAGGAGACAUGUGUUAAAGUAGACAGCAUAAACAGCCUGUGUACUCUGGCAAAUCAGGGAAGCUCCAAAACACAUGAGUGCAUUGAGGAGCCUCUUCCUGGCAUGCUGUUCUUUGCUCAGGCUCCUCGGGAGCAGAGAUGUUACUCUAUUCCUAAGAAUAUCUCCAUAUCUCAAAAUACAGAGCACUCUUCUGACCAAAAAAAUGAACGGAGAGGGGCACCACUACAUAAACAUGCACUAGAACCACCUCCUGCUGGUGUGGCUUUCAGAGAGGAAAACAUUGAUAAACUGGAGGACGAUCAUGAUUUAGAGGAAAUGGAAGAAGAGUUUGGGGGAAGUAAUCGGAGUCCUGUGCCUUUGCGUCGCCUAGUUUCUCAUGAAUUCUUGGAGACCCGCUUUAAGAUUCAGCUCCUCCUGGAGCCCCAACAGUAUAUGGCAUUCAUGCCCCACCACAUCAUUGUCAAGAUCUUUAGUUUGCUGCCUACUGAAAGCUUGGCUGCUCUCAAGUGCACCUGUCAUUACUUCAAGUUCAUAAUUGAGAGUUAUGGUGUGCGCCCAGCUGAUUCCCGUUGGGUCAGUGAUCCACGCUACAAAGACGAUCCCUGUAAGCAGUGCAAGAAGCGCUAUGGCCGCGGUGACGUGUCACUUUGUCGUUGGCACCAUAAGCCCUAUUGUCAGGCAUUGCCCUAUGGCCCUGGCUACUGGAUGUGCUGCAGGGGGGCCCAUAAAGACACACCUGGUUGCAAUGUGGGACUCCAUGACAACCAAUGGGUUCCUGCCUUUCAUAGUAUCAACAUGCCAAUUUAUAAAAAAAAGUAGGGAAGAUGUGUAGUGUGCUUGAGUGGGAUGGUGUAUGCAUAUUGUUUUUGUUUUUUGCAAGAGAUGUCCAUUUAACUGUAAUUGGUAUGGGUGAAUACUGGUUCUUGUGCCUCUGCCAUCCAUAGGAGCAUGUGCUUUUUUUUUGUUUGUUUUUUUUUUUUUAAAUAGUUGAAUCAGCUUGCAUCCACACUGCUAAAACUAACCAAAUGGAUGGCUGUUUUUGCCUCCGAUUCUCCCCUCUGCCUAUCAACCACCACCAUGUCUCUAGAGCCUACUCAGGUCCUUAAAGUUGAUCUGCACUUUAACCUUUAAUUGCUGAAUUCUUGCAAAUUGUCCAGGGUACUUUCAGUUGUUUUUACUUUCAAUAAGCAUUCAUUUGCGCUUCACUAACUUUAUUUGAGUCACAGUAACCGAGAACACUUCAGAAACAUUUCCCAUUUGUUGCAAGUUAAUAUAUUAGACACAAAAAGGCUAACUUUGUUUUAGCAUAUAUUUCAUAAUAAUUAGUCCAUUUUUCUUUUUAUAACAGACAAUUUUGCUUAAUGUAGAUUAAUACCUGCCCCUUUUGCCCAUCUUGUAAUUGUUCUAAAUUUUCUGGGAUCAUGUAUUCUUUAGCAUUGUUUCUUGCUGGUCUGUAAGGCCAUCCCAGUUGUUUACAUUGUACAUAGCAGAGACUUAUAUAAUAAUAGGAUAAAGAGUUCCUUUUACUUGCAAUGGGUCUUUGGGUGGAACCCCUUUUCAUGGCUAUCUGUGGUCCACAUUGCUUUCUCCAGUUUUAUAGUGUUUCUUUAAACUGUAUGUGUCUGUGUGCAUGCCUUCAACUUAUUGACACCUCCCCCAGUAUGAUGCAGUGUUUCUCGCUGGGAAACCUUUGAAUGUAGGGAGGCUAGUCAGCGGCGUUAUCUUUUUACAUGGCCAUCUGGGUGGCAUCUGAUAAAAAAAAAAUAAAAAAAAACACGUAUCCAUCGCAAUGUAAAGAGAAUUGUCUCCAAAGUGCAUUUCAGAGUUUUAAAGAGCAUUAUAAUAAUACAUGUUGUUUCUGCCUUAUAAGGCAUUUUACUUCAAUAAAGUGUAUUCAAGGAA